AUGUCUGGUUUAGUAACAAAUUUAAACAUUGAGAGCGGAUAUUUUAAUGAUGAGUUAAAAGAAGAACCAAAUGAAUCUAAUUUCAUGUAUGUUAAUAUUAGUAUGCUAAUUCGAGCAUACAAGAAAGACAGACAUAAAUUAACGAUUUUAAAUAAAAAAUUAAACCUUAUUAAAAUAGUUGGGUUUGUACUUAAUAUAGAAGAAAAAAAAGAAUUUAUAGUUUACACAAUUGAUGACACAACAGGAUAUAUUAAAGCAAAAUUACUUCUAACAUAUUCUUUUAGUAAUUAUAAUGAAAAAAAUGAUGAUAUUAAAGUUAAUGAUAUAAUACAGAUAUUUGGUAUCUGUAACACUGUUAGUAUUAACGAAGAUUUAAGUAUUUCCAUAAGUUCAAUUAACAAAUUAAAUUCGUUUAAUUAUUUAUGUCAUCAUCAUUUAUUAGUAUUUUAUAAUUAUUUAAAAUAUAUAGAGGAUGAGAAAAAAAAACCCAUAGAAGAUGAAAAAUCAGAAAAUGAUGGGGAAGGAAAUCCUUCCAGUGUUCAAAAUAAUGAAAAUCCUUUUUUUAAUUCCUUCUUUUAUUAA